GGCAAGCACAUUGUCACAUGCAGAGCUUACCAGCUUGUCUCGUUGUAAAACCGGCGCCUGACCAUGUCUUGCACUGAACAAAAGUUAAUAAUAUUUCUAGGAAGUUGCUUCAAACUUUUGGGCAAUAGCCCACUUCAAUACUGCUACAGCUUGUAUAUAUGCCUCUUCCCUGACCUCAUUCCAAGCGCUUUGGUAGGUCUACUGGCUCAGCUCGCAUAUCUACUUGUCUCUUCUCGCGCAAAGCUGUGCCAUUCUUCACAUUAUCCCCUGCGCAGCAGAGCCCAGCCAAUCUUGGCGAGAGGCAGUAGACAUUGGCUGCUUUUUUUUCAAAAGGAUUGCACUUUGUGAGAGAUGGGGAGGAAGCUAGGUUUUGAGAAGGUCCUCGACUGCUUCUCCCUCGCUCUCUGCACGAACGCCUGCGUCUGCAUACAUUCGGUGGAAGACGACGAGGAGGAGGCCAUCGAGAGGGAGGCGCUGGUGAGCUCUCAGCUGGAAGAGCUUGUGAAGCUCAAGGAUCUCGUCGGCGGAGCCAAGACUCUCGCUUUCCAUCUAGAGCCAAAGACCGUGGAGCUCAGGGUGUCCAUGCACUGCUACGGAUGCGCCAAGAAAGUUCAGAAGCAUAUAUCCAAGAUGGACGGUGUUACGUCGUUUGAGGUAGAUCUAGAGAGUAAGAAGGUGGUGGUGAUAGGGGAUAUCACGCCGUAUGAGGUGCUGGCGAGCGUCUCCAAGGUGAUGAAGUUUGCAGAGCUGUGGGUGGCCCCCAACUCCCAAGGUUGCUAGCUAAGCUAGUAGUAGAAUGAUAGAUCGGCGGGGAUAAUACAUAUAUGUGAGAUCUCGUCGCGUCAAGUAUUCAAGUGUAUGGUACGCCAUGGGGUCGUGCCUUCUCGUCCGUCUCGGUCUUGAACGCAUCGCGUGCACAUAUACAGAAGCACCGUCAGGAUUGAUCAGGAAAUGUAACUAGGGAAGAAGCGCCAUUUUCAGUGCAUGUGUUUUCCCUGCAUCGGUCGGUUAAAUUGGUCCUCAACUACUCAUCCA